CCUCCUCUCAGAGCUGUUGGCUAUAUGACCCUGUUCUGGUCCAUAACCUCACCAUGUACCCUCCUCUCAGAGCUGUUGGCUAUAUGACCCUGUUCUGGUCCAUAACCUCACCAUGUACCCUCCUCCUCUGAGGGCUAUAUGACCCUGUUCUGGUCCAUAACCUCACCAUGUACCCUCCUCCUCUGAGGGCUAUAUGACCCUGUUCUGGUCCAUAACCUCACCAUGUACCCUCCUCUCAGAGCUGUUGGCUAUAUGACCCUGUUCUGGUCCAUAACCUCACCAUGUACCCUCCUCCUCUGAGGGCUAUAUGACCCUGUUCUGGUCCAUAACCUCACCAUGUACCCUCCUCCUCUGAGGGCUAUAUGACCCUGUUCUGGUCCAUAACCUCACCAUGUACCCUCCUCCUCUGAGGGCUAUAUGACCCUGUUCUGGUCCAUAACCUCACCAUGUACCCUCCUCCUCUGAGGGCUAUAUGACCCUGUUCUGGUCCAUAACCUCACCAUGUACCCUCCUCCUCUGAGGGCUAUAUGACCCUGUUCUGGUCCAUAACCUCACCAUGUACCCUCCUCCUCUGAGGGCUAUAUGACCCUGUUCUGGUCCAUAACCUCACCAUGUACCCUCCUCCUCUGAGGGCUAUAUGACCCUGUUCUGGUCCAUAACCUCACCAUGUACCCUCCUCCUCUGAGGGCUAUAUGACCCUGUUCUGGUCCAUAACCUCACCAUGUACCCUCCUCCUCUGAGGGCUAUAUUUGUAUAUAUUAUGGAUCCCCAUUAGUACCUGGUUAAAUAAAAUACGAAGUAGUGCAAAACCCUAUGAAACUUGUUCACAGCUCAAUUCAGCUGGACUCUGGUGACAAAUAAAAUAAACUAUUCAAUUGUCUGUUGGUCAAUAAUUCAGUAUUUAAUGGUCAGGCUAAUAACUAAAUAUUUAGCGUUCCGGGAACGGACACGACGAGCGAAUUCGACGUUCCAAAGCCACGCCCACCAUGCGCUGUGAUUGGACAAAAGGGACUGUACUUCCGUAUACACAAAGCACAGAUGACGUUGCAGUCCGUCCACUAGUCUCUUCCGCCUCAUAUCAGUUGUCCGUCCUCUGUCCCAUGACGGCGAAUAACUAAUCCUCCAACACAUUUAUUACGAACAAGAUGAGUGAAGCUGUCGACACCACGACGCUGUGUCUCUUCGAUGUGGACGGGACGCUGACUGCCGCCCGACAGAGGGUGACUCCCGGGAUGGAGGACUUUCUGCAGCGUCUGCGGCGGCGUGUUCGAGUCGGCGUGGUGGGGGGGUCGGACUUCAUCAAGAUCAGAGAACAACUGGGAGAUGAUGUGGUCGAAAAGGUGGACUAUCUGUUUGCUGAAAACGGAUUGGUGGCCUAUCAGAAUGGACAGCUGGUAGCAGUACAGAGUAUCCAGGGCUGUGAUUGGUUGUUUCAGAGUAUCCAGGGCUGUGAUUGGUUGUUUCAGAGUAUCCAGGGCUGUGAUUGGUUGUUUCAGAGUAUCCAGGCGUACAUGGGGGAGGAUCUUCUUCAAGACUUCAUCAACUUCUGUCUCAACUACCUGGCCAAGAUUACACUACCCAGGAAGAGGGGGACGUUUAUAGAGUUCCGUAAUGGAAUGUUGAACGUGUCACCGGUCGGGCGGAGCUGUAGUCAGGAGGAGAGGAUAGAGUUCUACCAGCUGGACCAAAAAGAACGAAUCAGAGAGAAGUUUGUUGCCGUUCUUCAAGAGGAGUUUAAAGGCAAAGGACUGACCUUCUCUAUAGGUGGUCAGAUCAGUUUUGAUGUGUUCCCAGAGGGCUGGGACAAGCGUUACUGUCUGGGCCUGGUAGAGAAAGACUCCUAUAAAACCAUACACUUCUUUGGAGACAAAACUAAACCUGGGGGAAACGACUAUGAGAUCUAUGCAGAUCCCAGAACCAUCGGACAUGAAGUCACCUGCCCUGAAGAUACACAACGUAUCUGUCAAGACCUGUUCUUCAACUGACACACAGCAGUAAUCAGAUGUCUGAAGUGCCAAAGAGAUGUCCUGCCCUACCAUGUGAUCGUUAGGGCUUUCUGGAAUUCAUCUGGGAGUUCCCUGAUGCAGACAACACCGCUUUGGGGACACCCCUGUUUAGUAAACUAAUGGUUUUGACCGCUGGGAACUAUGGAAAAUGAAGCUUCUUCCAACCGUGUCUUUCUGCACAUGAACUUUAUCCACUUCCUGGAACCAUGAAAAACUGCUAUUGGUUAAACUAUAUUGACAUUGUUUGGUGUUUUAGGCUGGGUUUCUGUGUAUCACUUUGUUGCAUCGGCUUUAUAAAUAAAUCUGAUUGAAAACCCCUCCUAAAAUUAA